AUGGCUUCUUCUGACACCGCCUCAACGCUCACUGCUAAGCAAGGCUCAUCAAGCAAUAAAUUUCACAAAAUGGUAUGUGCGAAUGCGUUCAUUGUACAAUGUACGUCUACGGAUAAUAUCAAAGGGAUUGAGAAAAUUGUUCGUCUUUCAAAUGGCAAUUGGAACUGUCCUGUUACCAACUGCAAAUAUAGUGAUCGAAACUUUAACAACAUAAAGACACACUACCGCACCCAUUUCAAGACGUGGAAACCAUACAAAUGCGUGUGCAAAUGCCUGAAAAAGGCACAGUUUGGAAACCGUCUAAACGCAAAAAAGCAUCUUCAAAAAAUCCACAAAAUUGAAAGGAAAGAACAUGACAAGUUUAUUCAAGAAAACGAAGAAAUGAUAAAGUUUGAAAAUGAAAUUUUCGCAAAUGCAGUUCGAAUUGAACAAGCUCAAGACUUAAGCAAAGCAACUGAAUGCGAUGAAUGUGGAAAAUUGGUGCGCUCUCUCAAGGAUCACAAGAAACAGGUGCACGAUGAAAAGAAAUUUGUUUGUCAAGAGAAGGACUGUUUUUUUAAAACUGCAAACAAAAAUUCUUUUCUUAAGCAUGUAGCUCACGUGCACUACAACAUCAACAUUUGCAAGUUUGUACAACUGGAAAACAUUGACUCUACGAUGAAAAAGUUAAUUAUUGCCAAAUUGAAAAUGGGUUCUCCUCAAGGAACUUCAUUUGAUGAAAAUGAUGACUUAAACGAGAGUCCACCAGCAACCACUGAAGUAAAGCCAAAAAAUUUAUUCUACUGUAAAGAAAUUCAGGAGAUUGGCUCUGGACAAUUCGACUGGGAGAAAGCCCGACUUAUUGAAACAACUCUCAGUGAAAACAAAGGCAAAAUCAAAGACAAUGAUGAACUUUCUUCAUUUGUCUAUUUUCUUCUUGAUCCGAAAAUUGCUGACGACCUGAUCGGAAUGAUACCAGAUUUUCCAAAAAUCAAUUUUGAAAAGUUCAAACUUUUUGUUUCUUCAAUAUUUUACUGCAACAAAGGAAUUGGAAAGGAAACUUUUUCAAGUGAAAAACAAACUCGCAAUAUGGUUUUGUCGGGAAACGCAAAAGAACAGAAAAUUUUGGAAAUUGAACAGUCUGGCAAACUGUCAUCAAUGUUUCAAAUUUUUCACGGCCUUUCUGAUACUGAAGCAUCAACCAGAUCUUCAAUUUUAAUUACAACUUUAAGCAUGAACAAUUUGACAAACUCUGAAACAGGAAUUUUUAAGUCACCAGUCAAACUAACAAUCGAAGAACAGCGCAAAGUAGGAGCAUACUGGCUCUACAAGGCUUUCAUUGGAUUUUCAGUGACGGGAGUUUCUCGUUCAUUGGCAAAUCCCAAAACUAAAGUAACGCUGGCAUUGUCUAAGGCUAAAAAUAAAUCGUAUCUCAAUUUUCCGAAUACCACUGCUGUCAAACAAGAUUAUGACGAAAAGACUAAAGGCAAAAAACGAAGCUUUUCGGAAACAGAUGACGAAGAUGACGAUAACAAAGAUGACGAUGACGAAAAUGACGAUGACGAAGAUGACGAUAACGAAGAGUUUAACUCUUUUUUCGAAUCCAACCGUGAUGAAAUUUUGGAGGAACACAUUGACGAAAUUGAGCAUGAGCUCGAUUUAGUCAAAGUCGCAAAGACUAUUUUUGCUACACUGCCCAAAAAAG